UUGGCAUCCGGCCAAUAUCUUCUUCGUUGCGAACUCGUCGUCCAAAUAUAUUUUUUGCAUCUACUUCCACCAAACUUCGAUUAAUUUGUGCAACGCUUCACGCUCGGCGCGCGCUUCUGAUUCUUCUUAUGGUUGUAAUGGACACGCAAAAGCUCCUCUGUUCUGUUCUCUGCUGCUUCCUUUUGUCCAUUCUUUCAGGCCGGCAACAAGCGGUGCAAGGACAUCAUCAUCAUGUACCCUCUAAUAUUCGUCCGCUAAAGCUCUUCGUCUUUGGAGAUUCUUAUGCUGACACAGGCAACACCAAUAAAACUCAAGUCGCUUGGAAAUAUCCCUACGGCAUCAACUUUCCUGGAAAACCAGCUGGUCGUUUCUCCGAUGGCCGUGUCCUUACCGAUUACGUUGCUAAGUUCUUAGGACUUAAGUCUCCGAUUCCAUAUGAAGGGUGGAAAUCAUCAUCAUGUGGGAUUCCAUUGUUGAAAUCCGGAGUGAAUUUUGCUUAUGGAGGGACGGGUGUAUUUGAUACCUUUUUCUCCGGCCCAAACAUGACAAUCCAGAUCGAUUCCCUCGAACAUCUCCUCAGAGACAACGCGUUUACUGCUAAAGACCUAGAGCUCUCCGUGUCCUUUGUCAGUCUCGCUGGUAAUGAUCACUUUACUUACCUUCGCACGAACGGCUCUGCUCAUGAGGGAUUGCAAUCUUUCAUUAGGACAGUGGUCAAUCAACUUGCUAUCAACUUGAAACGAAUUCAUGGCUUGGGAGUAAAAAAAAUUGGCGUGACAGGUUUAGAGCCUUGGGGAUCGUGUCUGAUCCCUUAUAUCACAGACACAUCCUCAUUCCAACAAUGCAAUGAUACUUAUAGCUCGCUCGUCAGUUUCCACAAUCUUCUAUUGAAGCAAGCCGUGGAAAAGCUGAACAACGAAACAAAGGAUUCUCCUUUUUUCAUUAUUGAUCUUUAUGCUUCGUUCACGUCCGCCCUCAAGAACGAAGGAAGUAUAAAGUUUGAGAACCCGCCAUUGAAGCCAUGCUGUUUGGGUGUCAGCAGCGAAUAUUUCUGCGGGAGUCUAGAUGAAAAUGGAGCUAAGAAAUAUACAAUUUGCGAGAAUCCCAAAUCAGCAUUCUUUUGGGACGUAGCUCAUCCUUCGCAGGAGGGAUGGCGUGCCGUGUAUUCAGCUUUGCAAGCCAAUCUUGAACAAUAUUUUCACUACUACUAGAGUUCGGGAAAAAAAAAAAAAAAAAA